UUCUUCUCCAAAGCCAAUUUUCAGUUUUUCUUUACCAUUGUGUUUAUAUUAUACAUGUGUCCAAACCGAUCUUUUCUUAAUCCAGUCUCCUACACACAUCAUAAGAAAUAGGGAGUUCAUUUAUUUUCACUACAGAUCUCACAAGUUUAAUCAGUUAUCAAAAUUCACAGCAGGUUUUGAGAAAAGUGGAAGAGGUGGAAAUGGCAGAGCCCACAGGGACCAUGGCCGGCGGUGCCGAACUUUUUUCUACUCCGCCUCGUCCUUCUUCUCAAGAUCCGAAUUCGAAUCGUGCCAAGACCACCACUCCGAGGAGCACCACCCCGCGGAGCCGGAAGAAACUUCCAUUGGUGCUGCAAAACCUAAAGAGUACCGAGGAAAAGCAAGCCUAUAUCGAAACCCUAGAGAAGGAGCAAGACGCCUUGUUCCGCUACUAUAAGGAAGCCGUGGCCGAGAAGGUGGGCGUCGAACUGAGCCAGUGCGGUGGUUCACGGAACGCCGUCGUCGCGGCUCUGUUGGAGGAGAGCGACCUUCCGCUGUCUAAGCUUGUCGAUCAGAUUAAUGACAGAUUGAACGGAGAGGUAGGAAGCGGCACAAUCGUGCUGGCUGAGCCGGUGACCCACGCCACCGUGAAGAGUAGCGUGUUGUUUGCUGGACAGCGAGUGACUUAUGGAUUGCCUAAUGCCGAUGCUGAUGUAUUAGAGGACUACGCCGAGUCGUGUCUUUGGUGUUGGGAGACUAGGGAUUUGAAAUUGUUGCCGCAAUCUGUUCGAGGACAGUUUGGUGUUCGACGCAUGUGCAGGAAGAGGAUCCAUGAUAGGAUUAUAGCGGUGUCUGAAAUGAUAGCAGCUCUGAAAAGGCCAGAGGGUGAGCCAAAUUUCAAUGAUGCCUUAAAGAAGGCAUCGACAAAGCUCAGUAAAGCUUUUCCUGAAGCAGAUAUCCGCUUGUUAGUGGAUAGUUCGAUGCAGAAAAACAGUGAAGCCAUGGACAAGAAAAGAGCAAAUCAAGAAAAUAAAUUGCUAAUGAAACAGCUGGAGAGAAACAGAAGAGAAGCUGAGAAAGAGAAAGCAAGCAUGCACAAUGAACUGCAACGAGAAACACAGCCCAAUGAAUCUAAUUCACAAUUGUCACAAGGUGAGGCAAAAAAUGAUGAAAAAUGUUCUAUAAAAAGGCAACAGCAAAAGAAACAAGUAGAGGAAACAAAAAGGGAUCAACGGCGUCGAGAGAAAGCUGAAGCAGAGUUAAAGAAGAAGCGUAGUUUAGAAAAACAAGCCUCACUCAUGGAGCGUUUUCUGAAAAAAUGUAAAACUAAUUCCUCAUCUGAGAAUGACCAAGUUUCAACCAAAUCAACCGAUUUGUCAAACAGCAAGAAUGAAAGUUUGUCUGAGUCAGCUACAUUUUCAAUGGAUUGUACUCUUGCAUCAAGCAAUGAUGUAACACUUGAGGAGAUUCGCAAGUCACACUUUUCUUCAUGGCGCUCUUUAGGACAAUCAAUUCGCUCAAACAGAAAACAGAACUGGGGCAUUCGUCAGAAGCCUAGGACUGAAGUUUUUAAGGAGCUUAAGCUGACAGCUAUUAAAACUGAUGUUCAUGAUGAUGAGUUGGGUGAAUGUAGUUCUGAUAUCAGUUCAUGUCCAGUGAAUGCCGAUGGUUCUCUUCACGAUGACAAGAAGUACCGUCGAGCAAGACAAUUAUUUCAGUUUGAUAAGUCUCAUAGACCUGCCUUUUAUGGUGUUUGGCCCACAAAAAGUCAUAUUGUUGGAGCACGCCAUCCGCUAAGGAAGGAUCCAAACCUGGAUUAUGAUGUCAGCAGUGACGAGGAGUGGGAAGAGGAGGAACCUGGUGAAAGUCUUUCUGAUUGUGAUAAAGAUGAAGAGGAUUGUCAAGAGGAAUGCUCGAAGUCUGAUGAAGAAAGUGAAGAUGGAUUUUUUGUACCCGAUGGUUAUCUCUCUGAAAAUGAGGGUGCACAAGUGGACAGAAAGGAAAUGGAGGGUGACACUAAGGGGAAUGAUAGCUCAUCUGGCUACAAUGAGGAGUUUUGUGCUUUACUUCGGCAACAAAAAUAUAUAAACAGUUUGACAGACCUUGCUCUACGGAAAAAUCAACCCUUGAUUAUAACAAAUUUCAAUCAUGAGAAGGAGUUGUCAUCAGAUCACAGUACUGGUGGUAUUUCUAAGGUGGAGCAGAAGUGCUUGCAGGCCUUGAGUAUGUACAUAGUUCCUGGCGGCUCACUUGUAGAAAUACCCAUGGGUAAGAUGCAAGACGAGGAGCAAAAGGUCCAUCGCUCUGAUGGUAAAGGUGGUGCUAGUUCAAUAUCCGGUGUAGCUGCCAUUUCUGACUCAGACCUACUCACAAUUGUGACCACUAUUCAAAGUUGUUCUCAAGGUAUGAAUAAAGUGCUACUGUCUUUGCAACAGAAAUUGCCUUCUUUGCCGAAGUCCUUAAUGAAGAAUAAAGUACGCGAAGUAUCUGAAUGCGUUGAUAACCGUUUGCAGGUGAAGAAAGAAGUUCUGGAUAAGCUUGGUUUGACAGAAAAAUCCGGCGAGGGACCGAAGAGUAUUGCUGCAUUUUUUUCAAAAAGAUGCUCAUCGCCGGGUGGUGAAGUUGUGAAAGGUGAAACUUCACCGCUGCCAUCCCAGAAAUCAUCUUCCACUGAUGAACGACCAGAAAGUUCAUAUAAGAUGUAAUGUCUCACAUUUUAUUGCCUUAUAGUCGUUUUUCCUACGUUCAGAUUUCCUAGUUUAGACUUUGUUCACCACUGUAAGCAAGUUCCUGAAUAUCCUCCAUGUCCAAUGCUCCCUUUACUAUGUUUUGCAAGCUUAGACUUCAUUUUGUUAAAUGUUGUAUAAAAAGAGAAUGUACUAUUUGCACCCUGUUUUUAUUUUUCCAAUUGUCUUUUAAUAAUAAAAGUGAUUGAUUUAUAUUUG